UGUCCGAGUGCAGGCGACAGGUAGUCAGGCAGUGCUGGUUAGAGCGAACACAGCUUUCACCAGCUUGCUCAAGCUGUCCAGAUUUUCUGCAGCAGGUUCUAAGUUGAACUGCUGUCUACGGAGUUUACAGCUGCUUAGUUGUCAGAAAUAUAAAACAGUUACCUUUGAGUUGUAGGAGAGGCAACGCUAUUACAUUGUGAUGUGAAAGGUGAUGUGUGGAGUGGAUGGGAGCUACCCUUCAAGAAUAGCGACAGUUGAUUUGUGUUCGUAUAAGUAGCAUUCAACUCGUGCGACGUAGUUCAAGUUAUGCUAUUUUGAGGCAGAGUAACGAGUUCAUAAUUAAAUGUAUCUCCAGAUGUGCCAUCAUACACACAAGUGGUACUGAGUGUAUAUAAUUUGUAGGUCGUAAUGAUAGUAAUGAUAAUGAUUGUGUCGACCGUAAUUCGCAGUGGAAGUGAGUUAAAUUAUUUUGAAGUUUGUUGGCAGAAGAAAUGUGUCGAUUUACUCGUACUGUCGUCACACGUUGUGUUAAAGUUGGCUGCUGCCGGUCUGGUUGACUUAGCCGGCUGAGACAGCGAUGCAAGUGACCGCCCGAGGGUUCCACUGUCGCCCCAGCAUUAGAUGGUAAUGGCCUCAAGAUGCGGGCUUCCAAGGAUAUUCACCCUUCCUGCCAUCGCCCUUACUGCAGCAUCUUGGAGCUGUGUGUUUUUCACUCUCCGUGUUUCUUAUUGAUGAUGUAUAUGUCUGAGAAAUACCCCAAGAUGUGGCUAGGCCCUACCUUAUAUCAGUUAGUGUUGUGACGAAAGUGGGGGAAUUUGGAAACCUUAGAAUGACGUUCUAGAUAGUCUCUAGGAAAAUAGGCUAUCAAGGAUAUCCAGUCAUGAAGCCAAUAACGUUCGAAAAUAUACGGCGGCUCAUGGGCGGAGGGCGGAAGAAGAAAGACCGUGCAGAGUCGUCCUUCAAACGAAGUGAUUCUUUCAGGAGGAUCUCCAUCAAAAGGAACUACUUGGAUAGAGGGGGCAAGACCAAGCAUCUUCAGCAGGCUACGCAGGCCAGUAAAAUUGUGGUGAACCAGCCCGAAUCGAAUUCGACGAAGCAACCUUUGGUGGUGAAUUCUACUGUCUUGGACGAUGGACCCGAGUCCCUGGUGAUUGGCUACAAUCAGUGGAUCCGCGGUAUGAAGGCAGAGAACUGUCCAGCUAUCGAGACUUGCAGUAACAGCAAUAGCAGCAAGGCCUGCAAUAGAAUGAUUUCGCCCCAGGACGGGAGACCGCCUACUCCACCUCCGCGGAAAAAGAACAGUGUUUGUACAGACUCUUCGUCAGUAGAAAUUCUUAGGUUUGAAAGAUCUCCCAUAUUUACCCGGAGAAGAUUUAGGCCGUCGCCACCUCCGUCGUCGUUAGUGUUGGAUCCUAAAGGAGAGGAUUAUGGAGGUAGUAGGGCAGACUCGGCGCUCAGUGUAAGUUUAGGUCGUAUUUGGAUGGACGCUCCCCUAGCCAUGGCGCCGCGUAGCCUGGAGCUGCCACGGCUCCCCUAUCCUUCAUGUUCAGGUGGUGUAGAUGUGAGUGGUAACGGUAGAAGAGCUCAUCAUUCAUUAGACAGCGCUCUAAAGGAACGCCGAGAAGACCACAUGCUCUGCAGUCGUCGUUUCCAUAAUUUUCCAGCCCGACCAAUGUCUCCCACAGCCUUUAUAGUACCUAAUACAUCCCUUAUUAGUAGAACUCUCUCCUCGUCCACGCAGACCAAUUCAACGAGUAAGACGCUCUCUUCCCGAGACUCCGCCGAUCCCAUCUGUUCCAGUAAGGAUUCUGGCUUCUCAUUUUCGAUUUCCAUACCGAAGCUGACAGACUUCAGUUCACCGACAGUAGGCGUAGGCAAUGGUGGUGGAGGCUUCUUCCGCAAGAAAAAGACUGUGAAACCAAAGCCAAGUGUUAGCAGGGACGGAUAUUUUAAGAGGACCAGCGGUGCCGCCAAAGCGUCUGAAACUCGCAGGGGAUCGGUUCGACGGAGCAGUAGCCGGAAAAAGAAACCCGGAGGACGAAGCUCGGGACGAAAUCGGAAGAAGUAUCACGGUGGGACAACUCGUUCCGACAUGUACCAGGUCGUGGUGAGUCGUCCGCCUCGAUCACUCAAGUCUUUGAAGCUGGACCCUAUGAUAUUUGUGCCACCUGAGAAAAGGAAGUCUACGGCUAGUUUGAAGAAACCUCAACAGCACCGACGAUACGAAGUGCAGGAAAUUCGUGACUACUGUUCUCCCCGAGACUCGACAGUAGCGCCUGUGAAUUUCUACGAGGAUGAAGAUGAAGACGAGGGUUUAUACGAGUGUAUAUCCGGAGAUUUCAAUGAACGGGAAGAAGUGGAGCCGAAGUUGAAUUUAGACGAUCGUUUUACGGAAGAGGAACUGGCUAUUGCCUUACCACCGGACAGUGAUAAUGAAACUGAGAGUGAGACUUACGUGCCUUUGGGCGUCUCGCCUGUGCCUCGGCGUCGUCCAGUACGCAGGAAGAAAUCUACACGUAAAAAUAUAAAGUAUCUGGCUAAGCCUAGCAUCCACCGUGCGCCGUCCACACUGAGGCGCAGUAGGAAACUCGCGAGGAAGACAAGUUGUAAGUGUAAGGCGUCGUCUCACUUCGUUGUUUUGAGUGACGACAGUGCUGGGUCCACAGCCGUCGCAACAAGCACUCCGGCAACAAGUGACAUCACCCAAAAGGGCUAUGAGAAGAAGCGAACGCGACUCCUGGCCCCUUACGUCCCCAAACAGGCGCAAGUUCGUAGUAUCUCAGGACUUCCAUCAACGGGGCCCCAAGGGGGGUCCUCCAGCCCCGGAACAAGGGCACGAAGGCGAGGGAAUCGUCGCCUGACGCGCCAUGAGAGUCGCUACCACUCAGAGGUGCGCCAGGAGGCAGUGCAGCAGGCACUGGCAGCAAUGCAGAACCGGCCCAAGCCCUCGCUGCCCAUGCCCUCCAAGAGAACCUCUGUCAUGGCCAAGAGCCCAGACCGAGAGCGCCACGACUCUGCAUCAAGUUCUGAUGAGGAUAGUCUGGUGAAUGAGGGUGAUGUGCAGAGCACACCAGAGCGGGAACGAGCACGAACCACGCCACAGCAGCAGCAGCAACAGGCAGCUCAGUCCGACACCUCUAGUACAGGAUCAGCUCGUGAGACACCACCACAACAACGGCAGCAACAGAUUCAUCGUCAACAGACACGGCUUCCCAAUGGUGGCCCAGGACCAGGCCAUACCACUGUCUGGGAAGAGCGUGAUCCUAUCUCUGUAGGUGCACCCAGAGGGGAUGAUCGUAAGAGAAUGAUGAAGCCAGAAAUAACUGAUCUGGCUGAUGUCAUGCAAAAUCUCAGGCCAUACACACAGCCCCCAGAUGUAACGCACAACACGGCUCAGUCACGACGCAUGACAGCUGCUGACAGAGUUAACAGAUAUAACCAGUCUCGCCAAUCUUCUGCCUCUGAUGACAAUAUGGGCACAGUCACAGGCACUGGUAGGUGGAAGGUUUCUGCCAAAAUUCAGCAGCUACUAAACACACUAAAGCGACCGAAACGGAGACCACUGCCAGAAUUUUAUGAAGAUGAUGAUAUUGAGCUGGAGAUCGCUGCUAACCCAAAAGACCCUAAUGCUCCAAAACCAGAGGGCAGUUCCAUGACAUCUGCUGUUGGUGAACAACUUGUGGUACCAUCUGGUCUUCCCAGAAAUCUGGAGGCAGCAAUCCAGCGGUAUGGCUCAGCUACUUACAAGGCACCUGUUGCAACUGUUCUGGAUCCAAAUGGAAAACUUACCAUAACACUCACAUAUGGCAAGCUUCUCAGUCGGUCACAAAAAAUAGCAUACACACUCUUAAAUAAAGCAUUCAGCAAAGGAGGAGAGACAUGUCUCAAGUCCGGUGACCGUAUAGCUCUCGUCUACCCCAAUAAUGACCCUAUCAACUUCAUAUGUGCAUUCUAUGGUUGCCUUCAAGCAGGUAUUGUGCCUGUUCCCAUUGAAGUGCCACUCACACGAAGGGAUGCCGGUUCCCAGCAGAUCGGUUUCCUGCUAGGUAGCUGUGGUAUCCAGGUGGCCCUCACAUCCGAAGCAUGUCUGAAGGGAUUGCCUAAAACAGCUACAGGAGAAGUGGUGGCAUUUAAAGGAUGGCCAAAACUCCAGUGGUUUGUCACAGAACACCUUGCUAAGACCCCGAAAGACUGGUUACCUCCUCCAAGACUGACAGAUGAUACUCCAGCUUAUAUAGAGUACACAACAGAUCGUGAUGGGUCAGUGAUGGGAGUGACAGUGACACGAGCAGCCAUGCUAGCUCACUGUCGCACACAGACCAUGGCAUGUAACUACACAGAAGGAGAGAACAUGGUGUGUGUAUUGGACUUCAAGCGUGAAGUUGGAUUGUGGCACAGUGUUUUGACUAGCGUGCUCAAUGGCAUGCAUGUGGUCUUCAUUCCCUAUGCUCUCAUGAAAGUUAACCCUGCCUCAUGGAUGCAGAUGAUCACAAAGUACAGAGCAAGUGUAGCUGUUGUGAAGUCACGGGACCUGCACUGGGGGUUGCUGGCGACUAAGGACCACAAGGAAGUGAGUUUGUCAUCGCUGCGGCUUCUCCUUGUAGCGGAUGGUGCUAACCCCUGGUCAUUAUCAUCAUGUGACCAGUUCCUUAGUGUGUUCCAGGCCAAAGGGCUGCGGCCCGAUGCCAUCUGUCCUUGUGCCAGUUCCAGUGAAUGUCUCACAGUCUCUGUGAGGAGGCCAGGGCGUGCAGGGGUAAAUGCCACAGGCAGGGGUGUGCUGUCUAUGUCUGGUCUCAGCUAUGGAGUUGUACGGGUUGACCAAGAGAACUCCCUUACGUCACUUACUCUACAAGACUGUGGGCAGGUCAUGCCUGGUUGUGUGAUUGUGGUUGUGAAAAUGGAUGGGCCAUCUUACCUUUGCAAGACAGAUGAGGUGGGGGAGAUCUGUGUAAAUUCAGGUGCAACAGGAAGUCAGUAUUGGGGUCUGCAAGGCCUUACCAACAGCACUUUCAGGGUUCAGCCACUUGGCAGUGAUGGAAAACCAAUAGGAGAAGCAGAAUAUACACGCAGUGGUCUCCUUGGAUUUCUUGGCCCAGGUGGCUUAGUGUUUGUUUGUGGCUCACGUGAUGGACUGAUGACAGUAACAGGACGGAAGCAUAAUGCAGAUGAUAUCAUUGCAACAGUGCUUGCUGUGGAACCUAUGAAAUUCAUCUAUCGUGGACGGAUUGCUGUGUUCAGUAUACGUGUGCUUCGUGAUGAGCGGAUUUGUGUCAUUGCAGAGCAGCGGCCUGACUGCAGUGAGGAGGAGAGCUUCCAGUGGAUGUCGCGCGUUCUGCAGGCGGUUGAUUCAAUCCAUCAAGUGGGGAUAUACUGCCUGGCAUUGGUCCCACCGAACUACCUCCCCAAGACACCACUUGGGGGCAUUCACCUCUCAGAGACAAAGCGCCGGUUUCUUGAAGGAACACUGCAUCCAGCUAAUGUGCUGCUGUGUCCUCACACUUGUGUUACCAACCUGCCGAAGCCUCGUGAGGUCCAUUCAGCUGCUGACUUUGUUACAGACGUUGGCCCUGCCUCAGUCAUGGUGGGCAACAUAGUUCAGGGUAACCGCCUGGCCUCUGCGCAAGGCAGGGAUAUGGGCAUUGUAGAUGAGGAGUCUGACUCCGCUCGUAAGUUCCAGUUUAUCUCAGAGAUAUUGCGAUGGCGGGCCCAGAGCACAGCAGAUCACGUAAUCUUUACACUGCUCAACUCAAAGGGUGCUGUAGCAACAAUGUUGUCAUGUUCACAAUUGCACAAGAAGGCAGAACGUGUUGGAAAUCUUCUUUUGGAAAAGGGAAAGAUCAACACAGGGGACCAUGUUGCACUCAUAUUCCCACCAGGCAUUGAUCUCAUAUGUGCUUUCUAUGGCUGCCUGUAUGUUGGUGCCGUUCCAGUGACAAUCAGACCACCACAUCCACAGAACCUGCAGACCACGUUGCCAACAGUGCGAAUGAUUGUUGAUGUUAGUAAAUCUGUACUUGUGCUUUCCAACCAGAAUGUGAUCAAGCUGCUGAAGUCCAAGGAGGCCAGCAAUGUUGUGGACAUCAAGUCAUGGCCAGUAACGCUCGAUACUGAUGACAUGCCCAAAAAGAAGCUGCCAGUGAUGUACAGAGCUCCCACAGCUGAGAUGCUGGCAUAUCUUGACUUCAGUGUGUCGACUACAGGGAUGCUGGCAGGCAUAAAAAUGUCCCAUGCUGCAGUCACUUCGCUAUGUAGAUCCAUGAAGCUAGCCUGUGAACUCUACCCUUCAAGACACAUUGCCCUCUGUUUAGACCCCUACUGUGGCCUUGGAUUUGCACUCUGGUGCUUGAGUAGCAUCUAUUCUGGUCACCAUUCCAUUCUAAUUCCUCCUUCAGAAGUGGAGGUGAACCCAGCACUAUGGUUGACUGCUGUUAGCCAAUAUAGGGUUAGAGACACGUUCUGUUCUUAUGGUGUAAUGGAAUUGUGCACAAAAGGUCUAGGAUCGUCUGUCAACCAACUGAAGCAGCGAGGUGUGAAUCUAGGCUGUGUGAGAACAUGUGUAGUUGUAGCAGAGGAACGGCCACGCAUCACACUCACAACUAGCUUCUCGAAACUCUUCUCAGCACUGGGUCUUAGUCCAAGGGCUGUAUCUACCAGUUUUGGCUGUCGUGUAAAUGUUGCAAUAUGUCUACAGGGAGCAUCAAGCCCUGAGCCAUCAACUGUGUAUGUAGAUCUACGGGCAUUACGCAAUGACCGAGUGUCAUUGGUGGAAAGAGGCAGUCCACAUUCUCUCUGCCUCAUGGAGUCAGGAAAGCUUCUGCCUGGAGUUAAAGUCAUCAUUGCCAACCCUGAAACCAAAGGCCAGUGUGGUGACUCACAUCUUGGAGAGAUAUGGGUGCAGUCAAGUCAUAAUGCAAGUGGUUACUUUACCAUCUACGGUGAUGAAAGUGACUAUGCAGAUCACUUCAGUGCUCGCCUAGUGACAGGAAAUACGGGUGAAGUAUAUGCACGGACAGGCUACUUGGGUUUCCUGCGACGAACAGAGUGUUCACAACAGCAAGGUGGGACACAGCUAUCUGGCACAACAACAUUGCUGGGUGGUUCAGCUACAGCCAUCAGUCAACCACAGGGUGACACUUCAAGUGGAGGUGAGGAGGAUGAGACUCCUGGCCUCACGCACUGCCACGCUGCUGCUACUGCUGCCUCGGCCACAUCAGAGCUCCAUGAUGCUGUGUUUGUGGUGGGGGCCCUAGAUGAGACAGUGAUGCUGCGAGGUAUGCGUUACCAUCCUAUUGACAUUGAGAACAGUGUCAUGCGUUGCCAUAAGAAGAUUGCUGAAUGUGCUGUGUUUACCUGGACGAACCUGCUUGUGGUGGUGGUGGAGUUGGACGGCAAUGAAAAUGAAGCAUUGGACCUUGUUCCACUUGUCACGAACACAGUUCUGGAGGAACAUCACUUAAUCGUGGGUGUAGUAGUUGUUGUAGAUCCAGGUGUAGUGCCAAUAAACUCUCGCGGUGAGAAGCAACGCAUGCAUCUUCGUGAUGGCUUCCUAGCGGACCAGCUAGAUCCCAUCUAUGUUGCCUACAACAUGUGAGACUGGGACUGGAGACGGAGGGUAUACUAACACUAGUGUCAUACCAACUUGCUGUUGGUCAUGGCAGUAUGAGGAACACCUGCUUCCUGACUGCAGGUUAGGACAGUUGGUGUUCUGUGGACUAGUCCACAUCUUUGCGUUGCAGUUAGUGUCAGGUGCUUGGCCUAUCACUCAUUGGCAAAAUAACCAGGAAAAGGCACAAGGAAUUUAAUAGCACAAAUUAGGGUGGGGUAAGGAAUGUAAAAUGACCAGGUGGCCUACUGCAUUUUAAAGUCAGGAGUAAUGUGUAUUGCAUUUUUGUGUUUUACUGAAAUAUUGUUGUGAUGCUACUGGAGCCUAUAGCGUGUAAUGAGAUUCCAUUCACUGGACAUUUGCUCCAAGUUAGGUUUCUAUACAGUCUUGGGAGCAGAUUGGAAUGGUCGUCUUGGCUAGCUAGUCAGUGAACAGGUGGGCUUUAGCCCCCAAACUUCUAGCAUUUGUUUGAUAAUUGAACAUUUAUAUAACAUGAAAAAAAUGUGUAUUUGAACAUAGUGAUGAUAUAAUAAGUUGAUAUGGGGAGCAUAAUGAAUGUACUGUGAACAUAACUGAAACUGUAGGACAUGACUACAUUGGUAUCUGCAUGGAAUUGCGAUAUAAUGAUUGGUGGGGUGCAGUUUUCUGAGUGACUGAGAGUGAGUGUGUGCAUGUUAUCAUAUUAUUCAUUGUUUUUAUUUGUAUCAGAUAUUGCAUUGCAAUUACAUUGGUUUCAGAGUCACUUUCCACAAUAUCCGUAUUCAUAAAAUGUGCAUUACUGUAGUGUACUAUAAACACAGUUUCUCCAUUUGUUGUUUCGAAGAAGAGAAGUUGAUACAUCCUGUUAAUUUAUAUCGUUGCAACAUAUGCUGAGUCAACACACAUAUAAUCAUAUUAAUUAGAUAACAUAAAAUAUUUGUUAAGAAUAUCUUUAAUAGUAGGUGAAAACUGCUAGAUGGAUAUUCAUGGAAGUGUUACAGUAACUGAAGUCCAUUUUAUGUACUGCCAUACGACUCUGCCGUUUGUUUGCGUUGUAAAAACAUUUGGUACUGAGUUCUGUUAUUAUAGCCAUAAACAAAAAGCAGAGGAACCAAUAUAAAACUGCAUAUGCUUCUCAAAUGGAAUGCAUAUGUUUUGAGUAUCAGUUUCAUAUUGUUGAAUCUUUAAACAUCACACAGUCACAAUUUCUUUUAAUUGAUGUUUUCUGUCUUUUCAUGAGAUAAGGACAGCUUUCCUAGUUGUGACUCUUAGUGCAGUAUUUUUAUUAAUUGAGUUCUUCAGUUUCUUUUAUUAAUGCUUUAGCUUGUCCUUUAUGUCAAUAUUUUUUCUAGUCUGUGUUAGCAGUUUCAAAAAUAUUGUUAUUGUGAGAGAGAGAACUGUACUAUGUUCCCCACAUGUUAGAGUGUGGUGAACUGGGGUAGGGAGGAAUCAUUGUUUGCAACUUUUAAAACACACAAAUAGCUAGCUUUUUCUAAAUAACUAAGUUUCACUUGUGCCAAGUCAAUAAUAAUAAAAAAAUAAUAUUAAUAAUAAUAAAUAACGUUAAUAAGAACAUCUGUAAUUACUUUAAUACUAAGUAAAUAAUUGUCACAAGAUUGAGUCACUAGGGGACAGUGAUGCAUGUAUCUCAAUGCAUUGUUAGUUUUAUGCCUAGACAGCACAUUGUUGCCAUACUGAAGAACUGAAAUGAUAACUGUACCACCACACCACCACUGCUACCAUCACCACUCAAGUGUGCACCCAGUGAGGACAAGAACAGCACAGCUGUGCAUGACCAUGUGUUGUGAUCCAAUGACCAACGUCUUUCAUUGUACGUGUGGGAGAGACUGGUGAAAGCCAUGGAGAAAUUUCAGCUUAAAAUAUUUUCUUUAAGAAGCAGCAGAUUGAAGGAUAAAGAAGUUCAUUUGUAAAUUAGUUUAUAUUUUCUGAAACCAUAAAAUGUACAGUGAUUUCAUUUGGUUCUGUCAAUAAUGCUCUGCAUUUACAUUUAUGACAUGCACACACACGGCUGCAUUGCAAGUGUACCAAAUUGACUGCUUUUUGUAACAUUCAAUUUUUCUCAUGGCAUAGAAGUCGAGUGAUAUCAGGAACAAUAUAGAUUGCACAAAGCGCACCAUGUGGAGUAAGGCAUUUGUGGCCAUUUUAAGUGGAAUAAAAUCUUUUGUAUAUUUUGUAUUUAUUUCAGUCAUGUGGAAUUGUUUUUUCUAAAGAAGCAUUAGCUGUAGAUAUUUUUUGGUCAAAAAAAAAAAAAGGAGAAUUUUAAAGGUGUUCUGGUACCUAUAAUUACUACGUGAUGGACUUCAUCCAUAUGUUGAAAUUAUUUGCAUAAGCUUAAAUUAUUUCUAAUAUUUGGAUAUUUUUAUACUAAGACCAAUCCAUAUUGUCCCUUACUUCAUGUGGUAGUGUUUCUCCCAUUUUGUAUAGUAAAUUCUGUACCCCUGUUCAGAUCUCUGCAUGGAAGUGUUGUAACCACCUACUCCCAGUUUUCUUAAAACCCAAAUGGUGAUGUAUAUGUUAUAUAAUGUAACUAUCAUUUAAUCUGUUUACAAUUUUUUAGCCAUAGGAAGAAUGAUUGUGUUAAUUUUUAUGUAUAUAAACAUUCAAGAAGAGUUGGGCAUAUUCACUCUUUCAGAUUCAUUACAGCUAAUAUACCUCUUGGUUUUUAGACGAUAUAAUCAGUGUAUGGUGUCUGUUGUAGGAUGCCUUUUGCUUUAAAAAAUUGUUCUAACAUUUCUCUAGUGCCAGACUCUUCAGUACUCCUGGAACUAGAAGCAUAAAGAAGCAUAAAGCAGCUUUGUACUUUUACAGCAACUUCUGAACAAUAACUGUGGGAAGAUCAUGUGAAUAUGAAUUAUUUCCCAAAAGAAAAUAUGAGAGAUAAUGUAAAAUUUCCUUCAUUGUGUUUAGAAUAAAUGUUCUGUAAAUUUUGCAAAUUUA